UGAGUUCGUAAAAGUGACACACGUGUGGAAUACCUACGUAACAAUGUUCCCAUUCCAAACUUGUCACCCUUUUCGGAGGUCAAUGAGAUGAUGGGAUGCAGAAGUGUGUCUUGAAUCGCCGGAAACGGGAACAGUGUUACAUCACGCGUUGCCGCCACACGUGUUACUGUUGCGCACGCGGUUGAUCGUUGUCGUAAGAACGGUUGGCUGAAAUUGGGAAAGCCAAUAUUCGCAGAAGCGACAGAUGGGUGCCUAAUAAUAACAUCGAGAUUUUUUCAAAAAAAAUAAAAACAAAAUGAGCGAUAGCGAUGCUGUCGAGAAGAGUGACGAGAAAACGGAUCCGGGCGCUAUCAGACACGGGAACUUCAUGAAUUAUUACCAAUUCCAUCCUGCGGAAGAGCGCGUGCGGCAACUUCCGCGUGGCGUGUGGCAGCGGCAACGGGUCGCUCAUCCGGCCCGGAAAUACGCGGGUCUAGACGUCGGCUGUAACGCCGGGGAUCUCACAUACAUUCUACGAGACUUCCUCGAGGAGGCUAUGUCGCAAGAUCAGCCUGAGAUCUCCUUAAUCGGCGUGGAUCUCGACCCGAUCCUGAUCGAGAAAGCGCGCGAGCGCAAUCCGCGCCCGGAUCGCGUGACCUUCGAGUGUCUGGACUUUUUGUCUGAGGAUUGCGGCGAGAUGCUGAGGCGGUAUCUGACGCAGCUUAAUAAAACGCGAUUCGACGUGGUGUUCUGCUUCUCGAUCACUAUGUGGAUUCACCUGAAUCACGGCGACGACGGCCUGGAGGAGUUUCUGCGAAAGGUCUGCGAGCUGACGGAAAUGAUCGUCGUCGAGCCGCAGCCUUGGAGAUGUUACAAAAACGCUUCGAGACGACUACGAAGAGCGAAAUUGGGGGACUUUCCGCUGCUGAAGGAACUGAAAUACACCAGGAAUCCGAUGAAGCACAUAGAAGAUAUUUUGAGGAGACUGUGCGACUUUCAAAGAGUCACUGUUACUGCGGGCAACGAAUGGGGACGCAUGCUUUUAAUUUAUGAAAGGAAACAGAAAUCGUAAAAUAUAUGAGCAAAUGCGUUACGUAUUAUACAUUCAGAAUCAUAAAUUAGUACAUAAAAUACAUUCAACAUUGUAUAUCAAUUGCAAGUGUACGCCAUACGUAUCUAAAUAUUCAUGUAUCA